GGUUACGUUUCUUUUGCAUCAUGGCCGCCGAGUCGUGUGGCAUGUAGCAGGUGUAGCAGCACGUGUAUAUUACAACUUGUGAUACAACUAUAGAGGCUACAAGGUAAUACAACGUCCCAGUAUAUUUGCCAUGGAAUACGUCACCGAGGCGAGCGGCACCGGAGGCGAGUGCAGAAUCCUCUGCUGCCAAUGCGGUGUGCCGAUCGAGCCGAAUCCAUCGAACAUGUGUGUCAGUUGUCUGCGCACUCUCGUUGACAUCACUGAAGAUAUCCCGAAGCAGGGCACCAUUUACUUUUGUCGUGGUUGUGAGCGUUAUUUACAGCCUCCAGCUCAGUGGGUCUAUGCUACGCUCGAGUCGCGAGAGCUUCUUGGCCUGUGCUUAAAGAAGAUUAGGGGCCUAAGCAGUGUCAGGCUGAUAGAUGCCAACUUCGUCUGGACUGAGCCACACUCUAGGCGCAUCAAAGUUAAGUUGACCGUUCAGAAAGAGGUGGUAGGCGGUACCGUGCUACAACAGGUCUUUGUGGUCGAGUUCAUGGUCAACCACCAGAUGUGCGACAGGUGUCACCGCCGAGAAGCCAAGGAUUUUUGGCGGGCGCUUGUGCAGGUUAGGCAGAAAGUGCAGCACAAGAAGACUUUCUUUUACUUGGAACAGCUCAUAUUGAAACAUCAAGCGCACAAGGACUGUCUCAACAUAAAGGCAUGCCAUGACGGCCUCGACUUCUAUUUUACAAAAAAGGACGAAGCUCGCAAGCUGGUUGACUUCUUUCAAGCCAUGGUGCCCUGCAAGUAUAUCAUGUCGCAGCAGCUGAUUUCGCAUGACAUCCACAGCAAUGUCUUUAACUAUAAGCAUACGUUCUCAGUUGAAAUCGCCCCAGUCUGUAAAGACGAUAUUGUCUGCCUUCCGCCUGCUGUUGCAAGGUCCCUCGGCAGCAUGAAUCAAAUCUGCGUCUGUCUCAGAGUGACCAGUGCCAUACACUUGCUUGACCCGGCAACACUUCAGGUUUCAGAACUAUCUUCGCAGCAGUUCUGGCGGCAACCGUUUAAUGCACUGUGCACGCCCAAGCAGCUGACAGAGUACGUCAUCAUGGAUAUAAACUUUGUGAAAGAUGUAGAUAGGACAGUUUUUGCUGGCCAAGGAAAGCUGUCUUUUAGGCACGUCCUAGCCGAUGCAUGGGUCAUUCGUGCUUGCGAACUGGGAACUCACGAGAACUACAUCCACACUAAGACUCACCUUGGACACCUGCUGAAACCAGGCGACAGUGCCUUGGGCUUCGACCUUGCCAACGCCAACGUCAAUGACGCUCACUUUGAAAAGCUGAAAUCUGAAAAAAUUCCAGAGGUGGUUCUCGUGAAGAAAGUGUAUGGAGAUCGCAUGUCUCGUUGCCAGAGACGCCGCUGGAAGCUCCAGCGCCUUCAGGUUGACAUGGAGACUGACACAAGCAGUGUGGCAAGAGAUUACACAGAGUUUCUCGAGGAUCUUGAGGAGGAUGUCGCCUAUCGUCACAAUGUCAACAUUUAUGUGGAUCGUGAGAAGAUUGCUGUUGACACUGAUGAUGAAGAUGGUGACGCACCACGCAUCACACUCCAAGAGAUGUUAGACGACCUUCAAUUAGAAGAUGAUCCAAUGGGAGAUGGAGGAAACUGUGAAGACAUCAACGAAGCCUAGGGUGUGCCAGGAAAAUGCCACUGUAUAUUCAAAUUAAAUACAAUCCUGUUAUUCA